GAAUUGGUACCACCAGAAUGUCAUUUGGAAUUCGGAGCAAUCAGGGAUCAAAUCUGUGUGAUUACAAAUGGAGUCAGCAAAAUCAAACACAUUUCGGAUUUGAUGGCACUCAGAAGUCAUAGCUACUCAGAGGAUAUGUCAGAGCUAGGCACCCAGCUACACUACCUCUACACUGAGACCAAUAACUCAGCGCCGUCUGCGGAGUCAGCUGCAGACGGUAGUGUGGUGUGGCCUCGCAUACGUCGCUCCCUGGGCGAGUUCAGCACACGUCUAACGCAGAUAACGCAGCGGGCAAGACAGCAGGCAGCUAGUGAAGAAGAACAGGUAUGUGACGAACUGGCAACACUGUUAGACGUGCUGGGAGCCCACCGUGACUUGUGUGAGCGUGUGGAGCGUGGUGUGGCUGACGACCACCAGAGGGCGCUCAGUAGAAUGUUGGCCCUCAAGAAACGCCAGAUACAGGGUGUCCUCAGAGGAACUGAU